CCCAUUUAUUGGUACGGUGUUUUUUCCCAGGGACACGCGAGUCAGCUGUGUGGUGUCACACUGAAAGCGUUCCGCGGCCAGGGGUUAGUUAGGAACACUGCGGUUGUCAACGUUUCAUAAUUGAAUGUUGUGUUUGUGUAACAUUAAAUAUACAGUGGCGUGUUUUUGAUGCUUCUGUUUACAGAGUGACUGUUUGAGUUCGCCUGUGUGAAUGCAGAUGCUCUCCAUGUAGUGUGUUCCUUCCCCUCGAGGCUGUCUUCAGCUUCUGUGGCUGACAGCAGAGCAGGAUGUCAGACAGUGGGAACCAGUCCUGUUGGAUGGGAGCAGAGGACACCGUCUCCUUCCUGGUGUGUGUGUUUCAUGCAUGGGAGGAAUGGGCAGGCCUUGGGCAGUUGGAGGACUAUCUGAGUGUUUUGGAGUACCUGCUGUGGGUCUUCACCCCUCUGGCCGUUGUCUUCAUCCUGCCCUUCCUCCUCGUCAUCCUCAUUUACCUCUCUAUACUCUUCCUUCAUGUCUACAAGAGGAAGAAUCAGCUGAGGGAAGCUUACUGCAACAACCUGUGGGAUGGAGCCAGGAAGACCCUGGCGACUCUGUGGGACGGACACGGAGCCAUUUGGCACGGUUAUGAGAUCCAUGGGAUGGAGAAGAUCCCCGACCAAGGUCCAGCACUGAUAGUGUACUACCACGGAGCCAUUCCCAUUGACUACUAUUACUUCCUGGCCAAUGUUAUCAUCCAGAAGGGACGGCCCUGUCACUCUGUAGCUGACUACUUCCUCUUUAAGAUCCCAGGUUUUAAGUUGCUGUUGGAGGUGUUCAGUGUGAUCCACGGUCCUCAGGAAGAGUGCGUGCGGGCUCUGAGGAGUGGUCACCUGUUGGGGAUUUCUCCGGGAGGAGUGCGCGAGGCUCUGUUCAGCGAUGAGACCUACCCUCUCCUCUGGGGCAAACGCAAAGGCUUCGCCCAGGUCGCCAUUGACGCUCAAGUGCCAAUAAUUCCAAUGUUUACUCAGAAUCUGCGGGAAGGCUUCAGAUCCCUGGGAACACUCAGAUUUUUCCGCUGGCUGUACGAGAGGUUUCGCCUCCCUGUAGCUCCUGUUUAUGGUGGAUUUCCUGUGAAGUUCCGCACCUUCCUUGGUGAUCCCAUCCCGUAUGACCCCAACAUAAACGCUGCAGAGCUGGCAGAGAAGGUGCAGCAGGCAGUUCAGGCUCUGAUAGACCAGCACCAGCAGAUCCCGGGGAACAUCCUGAGAGCCUUGUUGGAGAGAUUUUACACCAAACACAAAGACCACUAACACAGCAGCCGUUCAGCAACAGAGACAGACAACCCAGUGUGGGAUAAAACAACGCGUCCCAUUGGCUCAGAUGGCUGCAGUGUGCACAGGUUUGGUGGCCCAACAUGUUGGAACAUUUGCACAGCUUUCUUCACCGCUUCCAAACAACCACCGACUGCAGCUGCUGAGCUCCGUUUUACAUACGUGUUGCAUGUUUCUGUUUUUUUUUCCAUGCGUGCAUUGACCCCCUUUUUCAUCCAAUGAACUCUUGAAAGCUAUACUUCCUGAAGUUGUGAUAUUGGACUCGACAAUAAUCACACCU